UCUCAGGUAUUUUUCUUUCACUCCUAUCGUUGUGACGCUUCACUCCCCUCCCAGAAGUAUAAAGUCGAUGGAUUUUCCAUCAAGAUUAUUCAUCAAGCUGGAUUACGGUCUUGUAAAAUUCCAAAGAGGAUUAGAGGAAGGCAGGUGACCAUUUUGAGGUUUACUUUUAUCCGCAACAUAGGCAGAAGCUUCGAUCAUCAUGUGUUCCCAGUAUUAUAAAGAAAUUUAGGUGUCAUCUUGGGCAAACUGAAGGAUCAGCGAAGGAAUUACUGGAGGAAGAGUGCAUUCUUCAGAAUCUUUCAGGUAUGGUUGGUGAAGCUAGGCAUCAAAUUGAAUACUACCUCAGAGUGCUUAAAAAUGAAGCAGAGGAUGAAGAAGUUGGAUCAUGUGAGGAGCUAGAAGAAGAUCGUGUUGAAGAAGUUGAGCAAAAGCAGCUAGAAGAAAUAUCUCUUAAUGGAAAUGAUCACAAAUCAGGAUUUGUUGAAUCAAAUGAUAAGAAGAGGUGUCUGAAUGUUGCAUCUGGUGAAUUAACUACAUUGCUAUGCUAUCAGUCACGAAAGAAGUGCAAGCAAGUGGGAUCUUCUGGCCUGAAAUUAGAAUCUGGACAUUCAGCGUUGGAGCUCAAUAAUGACACUGUCACUUCACUGGCAUCUAUUGAUAAUUGUUCUUCCAAAGAAGGUACGGGAAGUUCUGGAAAACGAAGGCGCAGCAGAUGGGAACCACAGUCUGAGGAUGAUGGCGUGAAAGACAAUCAGACUUGCAAGAGGAGGAAAACCAGGUGGUCCAGUGAGGACACUCAACUAAAAUUGCUGGGGCCACUUCAGUUGCCUGACUUCACAAAAGAUUUUCUUCUUGGAUGUGAGAAUAAUCCUGAAAUUCAAGGGCUGAAAGCUGAGCUUUUUGAGACUAAUAGAAGAUUGCAUGGACCUCUUCAUGAUGUAGGCUUGGGGAGGAAAGAUCUCCAUCACCAGAGCCAAUAUAUGAUGACCAUGGCAUCAGAAUAA